ACACAACGCUCAUAACCAUGUCUGCCGUCGCUGCUUCCCCAGCCAAGAAGGCUACAAAGAAGGCCAGUAAGCCAAAGGUUGCACCAGCACAUCCUACCUACGCUGCCAUGAUCGCUGCUGCAAUCGGCUCUUUGAAGGAGAAGAGCGGUUCGUCCAAAAAGAAGAUUGUAGAUUACAUCACAGCUAACUACAAAGUCGGGAAUGAAGCCAACAAGAUCAACUCCAGAGUGAAGCUUGCGCUGAAGAGUUCUGUUACCAAGGGAACCAUUAAGCAGGUCAAGGGGACUGGAGCAUCUGGAUCAUUCAAGCUUGGAGAGAAGCCCAAAGCUGCCAAGAAACCAAAGGCAGCUAAGAAACCAGCAGCAAAGAAGGUGAAGAAACCCACGAAGGCUGCUGCAACCAAGCCAAAGAAGGCUGCUGCCAAGAAGACCAAGUCACCAAAGAAAGCAGCCAAGAAACCGGCAGCCAAGAAGCCAGCAGCUGACAAGCCAAAGAAGGUUAAGACUCCAAAGAAGGCUGCUGCCAAGAAACCAGCUAAGAAGCCUGCAGCUAAGAAAGCCCCCGCUAAGAAGUAGAUGGCCGUUUUUUCAUGCCUUGUCUAUUAUCACUAUAACAGCCCUUUUAAGGGCUACCCACGUUUCUCAAAAAGGGUCUAGAUGACGCCUCGAAUUUACGCAUAUGUUGUAUGAAUUAUAUUUCCUUGUCGUGUAGUCACCUUUGCAAAAAUUGGCUUAAAUCCCUCUGGUAAGUGAUCGCUUUGUCACCAGUAUGGUGUUGUGUUUUAUUAACUAUAUAUAGACUGCUGGUGUUAGCAUGAGA